AUGUCGACGACGCGCCAUUAUCAUCCUCGUCUUCUUUGUGUUCGAUCAAAAUUUCAUCACCAGCGUGUUCAAAGUCGAUUAAACCUAUUGUCACAAAAACGAAGUCCAAUAAAAGAAAAAACAAUAAAAUGUUGGCGUUAUGCAAAUCGAACUUGCGAUGUACUUAUGCAUACAGCUCUUGAUGAUGAGUUCAUCCGUUAUUCAGGAAAGACAGCUGAGCACUCUCAUUUACCAAAUCCGGCUGAAUUUGAUAUACGAAAUUUGAGAGAGAAAAUGCGGGUGAGAGCUGAAAUUGAACAUUUACCACUCCAAGAAAUCGCUAAAGAUGGGAUGCGUAAAGCUUUGCUAGUAGGUGAAACCCUUGCUGUCCUACCCAACUUAACUAAUAUCGGUGCGUCUGCCACAACUUGGUUCGCAAUCGGUGCAAAACAACGCCCGAACUUACACUGUCAUGUUCGUUCGACAUUCCUGAUAUAUACGCGCGCGAUUAUAGGGAUCAAGAACGCUUAUUACUUCAUGACAUUGAUGAUCCAUAUUUGGUCGUCAGAUAUCCAGUUCAACUUACUCUUUGAAAGCGAGCGAUUACAUAUGGAUGGAACGUUCAGUGCAUCACCGCUCAUUAAAACUUUUGGAUCAGCAAGUUCUCUUCGUUUCGGUAUCGAUUCACUGAUUUUCGGCAUCCCCAUUGUCUAUGCGCUGCUACCUGAUCGUCAAGCGAUCACAUACAUUGACUUAUUCGAGGUGUUAUCUACUGAAGCAAAGCGGCUGAAGAAAAGCUUUGAGCCUACACUGAUUAUGACUGAUUUAGAGCCCGGUCUGACAAAGGGGAUUGCUCUCGAGUUUACUGGCAAAACGGCUCAAAAAGGAUGUUUUUUUCAUUUUACACAAAGUGUCUAUCGAAUAGUUCAAUCGCUUGGUUUGCCAACGCUUGAUUUGGAGAAUCUUCGCAUACGUGGUGUUAUUCGACGAAUGAUGAGUCUUGCGCUGAUACCUCCCCAGUUUGUCGGGGCCUUAUUCGUCGAUCUCGAGCAAGACUUGAAUGAUGAUGAGCGUGCCGAAUUAGUCAAUUUAUUCAAACAUUUCAAUGAUUACUGGAUGUACCAAGCUUCAUAG